CAGACGUGGCGCGCCAUAUUGACUAACCCCGCGAACUCGAAAGUUGAGAGGGUCGUGUGGAGUGCGUUUUUCCACUUCGAAAUUCGUCAGUGUCUUUCACAAUUUCAAGUCCGAUUUGGAUUGUUUGAAUCUCAAAAUGUGGAACAAUCAAGGAGGUUCUUCGUAUGGCGGAGGGGGCUUCAACGACCAAGGAGCUCAGAGUAGCCAGGCUGGUGGCUACUACCAGUCACCUGGUAACCUGGGACAGUUUGGUUCACCAUCCACAGGAGGAGCCAAGGGUAAGCGUGCUCAGAAUCUCAUUCCCUGCACCAUAGCACAGGUUCUGCAGGCGACACAAGUUGACGAACACUUCAAAAUUGGAGAGGUGGAGAUUUAUCAGGUGUCCAUCGUUGGUCUGAUUCGCCAGGUGGAAAUGGCAGCCACUAACAUCUUGUAUAAACUGGACGACAGAACAGGGCCGUUACUGGACAUCAGACAGUGGAUUGAUAACGAUGAGAACACGCCCGAAGAGAUGCAACCCCAGGUCCACAGAGAGAACACCUACGUCAAAGUCAUCGGCAACAUCCGAACGUUCGGCGGCAAGCGCAGCAUCGCGCCAUUCAAGAUCAAACCCCUGACCGACAUGAACGAGUUGACGCUACACAUGCUAGAGACAGUCCACACACACAUGCUACUCACCAAGAGGAAAAGUGCUGAGGCAAGUACAAGCAGUAACUUUGGUAGCAAUCAGUUCACGACGCCAUCCAAGGGUGGAAUGGCCAGUACAUCAGGCUUUGGAUCUGUUGCGGCACCUGCUAACGGGCUCAACAAUGUACAGGGACAGGUGCACCAGCUGAUUACAGCAUGCCAUGAUGACCAGGGAGUCAGCAUUAAUUACCUGGCCACCAGCUUGAAAGGAACGCCCUUCAACAAAAUCAGAGAAGCGUUGGAGUUCCUUAGCAACGAGGGACACAUUUACUCAACAAUAGAUGACGACCACUUCAAGUCGACCGACGGCUAAAAUUUUGGUCCGAUAAACCUAAACCAUCUAUCCAAAAAAGUUGUAUUCAACUUUGCUUUGUUUCUUUUCCUCGUUUUGAAAUGUUCUGCUCUUUUAUAGGGUUAUACCAAAGCAGUAAUUUGUUUUGUGCUUGAGCACGAGUAACAAACUAUAAUUUUUGAGUGGCCCUAGACAUUGUCGGCCAUUUUACAACUGAACAUUGGGUUAGUCAUUUUUUUGUCUUGUUUGUGAAAAUCAUAACUUUGAAAAAAGACAGAGGCCACUCAUUAUUUUAAGAUCUGAUUGAGCCUUCCUUUUGGAAAACAAUGAACACUUAUGCUUUGUAUUUAGUGAGCAUACACAUGACACUAUUAACAUUUAAAAAAUGCCAGGUAGUUCUUAGAAAGCUCCUAGCCUACAGGGUUAAGACAAUCCCAAAACCAGAGUACAUUUUUCUUUGACUUUCAUUGUAAAUAUUGCCAUGCAGUAAAUCUUCCACAUAUUUGUUCAGGAUAAAAUGCAGUUUGUAUUGAAGUAAUACACUGUAUCAAAUUAUGUAUAAAAUUACAAAAUAUCUUCACAGAUUAAGCUUGUAGUUGGAAGUAACGUUAUCUAGCUAGAGUAUAAUACAUGUUUACGUUUUCUACCUCUGCAUGCAAAGCAAGCAUUUUUUCUUUAUUUUAAAAACCUUGAAUUUCCCGAAAGUCUGGAGAAAACUGAGAGGUUUACCUUAUAACUUCAUACCUUUGUUGAUCAGAAAACUAAAUGCUACAUUUUUGUUUAAAAGUUGCAGAAGCUACUAAAGUUGUCUUUUUUCUACUGUUUACAAAACGGGAUUUGAAACUAAAAGUUCUUAUUAUUACAUUAUUGCAUCAUAUUUCAUAUAUAACUGAAUAAAAUAUAAACCACGAUGCCA